AUGGCAAAUGAAAUCAUCAUGUUGUGUUUCCUAGCUUUUACAUUCAUCGGGUGCUACUUGGUUGCAGCCUCCGAUCCCAAACCACUACAAGAUUUUUGUGUCGCCGACCCUACGAGCUCGGGUAUAGUGAAUGGUGUGUCUUGCAAGGAUCCAUUAUUUGCUCAAGCAAGUGAUUUUUCCUUCAGCGGGCUCCACAUUCCUGGAAACACUUCUAAUUCAGUUGGUUCUAAAGUGACACCGGUUGGUGUAACUCAACUUCCGGGGUUGAACACUCUUGGAAUCUCAUUGGUGCGCAUCGACUAUGCCCCGUGGGGCAUCAACCCUCCCCACACCCAUCCUCGGGCUACGGAGGUUCUUAUUGUCUUAGAAGGUUCUCUCCUUGUCGGAUUCGUCACCUCCAACCCUGAUAACCGAUUCAUCUCCAAGGUCCUUUACAAAGGGGACGUGUUUGUCUUUCCUAUCGGGCUUGUUCAUUUCCAACAGAAUGUUGGAAAAGUAAAUGCGGUUGCAAUUGCUGGAUUGAGUAGUCAAAAUCCGGGAGUUAUUCCCAUUGCCAAUACGGUUUUCGGUUCUAAUCCGUCAAUUGCUAAUGACGUUCUAGCCAAGGCAUUUCAGGUGGAUAAAACCAUAAUUGAUCAAAUCCAAGGGAAAUUUUAG